AUGGAAAAUCCUGAAAGAGAGAAAACGGAAAAAUUGAAAAUAGCCAGCCAAGUUAAACAUAUCCCGAAAGAUGCACAAGUUAUUAUGUCCAUUUUGAAAGAGCUUGGGGUAACAGAUUAUGAGCCUAGGGUUAUAAAUCAAUUGCUGGAAUUCACCUACAGAUAUGUCACCUGCAUUCUCGAUGAUGCGAAAGUAUUUGCUAAUCAUGCGAGGAAGAAAGUCAUUGAGUUAGACGAUGUGAAAUUGUCUACUCAAAUGAUUUUGGAUAAAGCGUUUACGAGUCCUCCACCACGAGACGUGUUGCUGGAAAUAGCUCGCAACCGGAACAACACUCCUCUACCAUUGAUCAAAACCCAUUGCGGUCUUCGGUUACCUCCGGAUCGUUACUGCUUGUCGGCUUGCAAUUAUAAACUUCGAGCGGCCCAGCAAGCGAAGAAAAUGGCAAAAUCAUCGUUCGAGGGACGAAUGAACAAAUCUGGUGGUGGUAAAGGGGGUGGUGCCGGAGGUGUUAAACGUCCGGCCGUUCAAUCUACACCCAAGACGCAAGUGGUAUCGAUACCGAAGCCCGUGUUCAAGUUCUCAACGACGCCGAAAGCAGGUGCAGCGAAAAAUGCGAAAGGCAUCGCAAAUAUUGGUGUGGAAGGAUCGAGUGGGACGGAGAUAAAAACUGAAAUAGAGGAUCCGCUAGGAUUCGUUGCAGGUGAUUCGGAAAGCGGUGUGAAGCGAAAGCGCGAGGAAGAUGAUUUUGAAAUAGUUCAAUGA